AGGAAGGAUAUGAAUGUGCUUAAUUAGGCUUAAUGCAUUUAAAAGCAUACAUACGUUUGCAUAUUCAUGACACUGAUUGGCCUAACUGAUUGAUUGAGACUGCAAAUUAAUCCUUCCUUUCCUUCCUUCCUUCCUUCCUUCCUUCUUUCAUUCCUUCCUUCCUUCCUUCCUUCAAUUUUUUUCUUGUUGAAUUGUUCCCUUUUUUGUUUUUGUCGUCAUCCUGGCAGUGAAAAAAAAAAUGCAUAAUCAAAGUUACAGUCCGGGCAUUUUUAGAGUGGGAAACUUCUGACGUCAGAGUCGCCGCCGUUUAAAACAACCUGCCUCUGCUGCUGACGUCUUUUAUAGUACUUUUUUAUAAGGCAAAAAUAUGUAUCUCACAGCAAAGUGAUUAUUCUCGGCAAAAGAAGGCUCGUGUCGCCUUAAUUCAUUUAUUUAUGCCAGACAGUGGGUUUUAGAGGAGAAAAGGAGGAAAGCUUUUCUUCACUUAUUUAUUUAUUAUAUUUUUUUUCCCCCCGUAGAAAGGCGUUUGAGUGGGGGGCAUUUUACACAAAUUAAACAUGCUGCUCUGCUUCGCCCUAUAAGCAUCCUUGGAGCCAGUGCUUACCAAUCAAUUGGUACAGUCAAACAGAGCCACAGCCUGCGUGAGAGUGGAGACCUUCAGUCUCGCUUCAUUUCUGGAUAUUGGGGGACUCCUCUACCAUGUCAUAUCCACAGUUUGGAUAUCCCUACUCGUCUGCUCCACAAUUUCUGAUGACAACCAACUCUUUGACCACUUGCUGCGAGUCCACCGGCAGAUCCAUAGCCGACUCCGGGGUAGCGGCGUCCGGGCAGACACCAGUCUACUGUCCCGUGUACGAGAGCCGGCUGCUGGCCACGGCGAGGCAUGAACUCAGCUCAGCCGCCGCGCUCGGUGUGUACGGGAGCCCCUACACCGGCGGUCAAAGCUAUGGGAAUUACGUUACAUACGGCACGGACGCCUCGGCUUUCUACUCGCUGGGCACAUUUGAUACUAAAGAUGCCAAUGCUUCUGCACAUGCUGGAAUAACACAGGCAACAGCCUACUACCCUUAUGAUCCCACGCUGGGGCAGUAUCAGUAUGACAGAUAUGGUUCAAUGGACGGGGGAACGAGGAGGAAGAACGCCACACGGGAGACGACCAGCACGCUGAAGGCCUGGCUGCAGGAGCACAGGAAGAACCCGUACCCAACAAAAGGCGAGAAGAUCAUGCUGGCCAUCAUCACCAAGAUGACCCUGACGCAGGUCUCCACCUGGUUUGCAAAUGCCAGGAGGAGGCUCAAGAAGGAGAACAAGAUGACAUGGCCGCCCAGAAACAAGGGCUCAGAGGAGAAGAGAUAUGAUGAGGAUGAGGACGGGUCUCAGGAGGAGCAGAUAAAAAGUGAAAACAAUGAGGAUGAGAGCAGAAGUCGGCCUGAUAAGGACCUGCAGCUGAGCGACUUGGACGACUUCGACACGCUGGAGUCAGAGAGCUCCGAGUGUGAGCUGAAGCACCGAUACCAUAUGAACACACACAUGUCAACGACAGCCGACUGCCCCACUGAGCACCUCAUCAAGGACUCGUCUCUGAAAAUCUCCAUCCCCGUUUCUCUGGGAGGGGAACAGGACUUGAGCAAAAGUUGCCUCAAAACGAACCCAGAUGAUUUCCAGGUGGACAGCAGAUCGCAGGCCAAGGCGUGUUAUAACCAGCAGCAGCAACAGGGGCAUCAGAUACUAGACGGCAAACCUCGAAUCUGGUCUUUGGCCCAGACUGCGACAUCCCUGAACCAGACUGAGUAUCCGUCCUGUAUGCUGAGAUGCCAGGCGCCGCCCUCCUCCCUCACCCCUUCCCCCGCCGCUACCUCACCUGUGACCGGCCUGGACAACAGGCAGGAUUCGCCGGUCACGACCCUGAGAAACUGGGUGGACGGGGUUUUCCACGACCCCUUGUUCAGGCACAGCACUUUGAGCCAGGCCCUGACCAACACCACCGUCUCUUGGACCACGAACACUAAAGGCGCCAUUCUGGAGGCAGAGAGGAGCGCGGCGGUCCUGCAGCAGCAGCAGCAGCAACAGCAACAACAGCAGCAACAGCAGCAGCAACAUCAAGACUCCAAAGACAGUGCCAUGAGUUUCCCCAAAACCAUCAACAAACUUUUUUGCUCCUAACAAAACCAAAUGACCCAAUUAAUGCAAAACGAGGAAGACUUGUUGUGACUGACUGGUGGUAAAGCUUAUUAAGUCUUCAUGCCCCCUCAUUUUGUUUUAAUUUGUUGUUGUUUUUUUUAAAGCAAUUGUAGCUAUGUAUACUGUUACUAUAGCGUUACACAAGCGAAAUACCCGGAUCAGUUUGGCUUCUUUGAUUUAACGCACGCACAAAAGUCAUCGAAAUGUAUAAAAAAAAGAGUUUACAUCUUUGAGAAAAAUAGGCCUAAUGUUUACAUGAGUUUUUAUUUUUUCUUUACUAUGCGCAUGCAAGUGUAAUUGAAUAUUAUUUAGGUCUCAUCGAUUGAGUAUCACUAUUAAAUGAAAAAAAAAAAAAAAGUCUCACAAAAUGCACAGCUCUACCACGAAGUGGAUGCGAGAGCGUUUCAACUUUGUUCACUGAAAAUAAAAGCAGUCGGCUUCAGAGGGGCGCGUGUAAUGUUGGGUUCAUGGCAAGAGAUGCUGUCCAUGGUGCUGAAAUACAGGCCUCGCCACUUUUUAUCAUCUAGUUUUGGUUUUGGUUUUUAUACAUAAACAAAUAAAAUCACGUGCUGCAG